UAUUGACGUAUCAUGUCACGCCUACUCACGAUACAAGUGGUACUUGACUGACUGUCGUCGCCAUCGAAACAGGAAGUAUUUGCAGCACUUAAAACGGACCAGAUUAUUCUAAAAGCCUCAGUUACGAGACGUACAAUGAGCAGAGGAGAGUCAAGACAUGUUCCUAUCUUGCAAGCCAGAGCCCAGAGACACUCUGCAACAACAGACUUAAUUUAUUAGUGUACAGUCGUCAUUUAUUGCAAUCUUAAGCCAAGGAGUCUACAAAGUUUGAUGCAGUAUGAUUAAUCGACUACAGAAUUCAUGAUCGAUUAUAGAUAUUGUGGAUUUUUCCACAUAGUGAUUCAGUUUCCAACUUUUGUCUUUGCCAGCUAGAUACUAACAAAUUCAGCAGCAGAAUUUUCCUGGUGAUUAAAUCCUGAAGAUAAACAUCUGAUGAUGGAUUCCACAGAGGACGAGCGGAUGUCAGUGCUUCUGUCAAAAUACCUAGAAUUGGCUUACACAGGGACACAGGAAGUGGUAGAUAUCAAAAGAAAGGCAUAUCUUUCAAAGAGGCAUUUUGAAAGUUAUGAAUUAUUUUCUAUCUUUCGAGCUGGAAGUACUGCAGAGGGACUUAAUAUAUUGGGUUCAGAUGUAGACAUAAUGUUCAUUAUGAAGGAUGUUAUAGUUAUGUACCCUGAUCAGUGUAUUCCUCCAAAUAUGGCACACAAAACAAUUCUGUACGCAAGAGCAGCAGAUUGCCGCCCUGGCUAUGUCCUCCUACAGCUUCCUCUGUUACAAAAGAGAUGUUACUCAAGGUUGUUAACUAAUGCACUAGUUAGAAUUGAGGAUUCAAUGUUUGUUUCCAGUGAUAUCUUCAGAGAGCAAUUUGUCAGUGGCAUUGGUAAACACACAGGGGUGAAAGUGGAAUCAAAUGGACCAGCCUGUACAAAAGAUACGACAGGUGAACAACAAGACAUUGUUUUUUGUUUUCCAUGUCAUGGUUGGCCAAAGGAAGCUAAUGAAUGGAUUAUACGUACACGUCCGUAUGGAUGGCCACAUCAAACCUUGAUAGACAAUAUUGUACACCAUGGAUGUCAUCUUGUCCCAGUUGGAGACAAGUGUUCUGAGAACACUUUUCUCAAAUGGAGAAUUUCAUUUGCAACAGCAGAGAGAUCUUUAGUUCACUCCUUUAGUCACAUCCAACUCAAAGUUUAUGCUUUGCUGAAAUAUUUUUUGAAACAAAUUAAAGGAAUAUUAAAAGAAACCAUUGGGGAUGAUAUCUUGUGCUCCUAUUUCUUAAAGACAAUCCUUUUUCAUGCCAUUGAGAAUUCCAACCAACUGUUCUGGCAAGAGAAAAACUUAUUUUAUUGUUUUUGGUUUUGCUUCAAAAUACUAAUUGCUUUGGUCAAGGCAGGUUUCUGUCCCAAUUACUUCAUCCCAGCCAACAACUUAUUCAAGAGGAAAGUCCAUGGACAACAUCAGCAAAUUCUGUUAGAUGUUUUGAGCAACUACCAUCAGAUGAAAUGGAAGUGUCUUUCGGUAGGAAACUUCUUUAAACCUAUAUGGGAACAACUGUGUAAUCCUUCAGUACAAGCUCAACUUGUGAGUCCCAUGACUACACAGGACAUUGUGUUCAAUCAAGAUGAACUAUUCCUUCAUUGUAUACAAGAAAUUGAUGUUGCCAUCUAUGCAGCUUCCUUGUGUAUACUUAGGUCCGUCAGGAAGGCAAUUAAUUCAUUUUCGACAUCACAGUCAGAAUCAGAUGAACUUUUCACAUUCACUUAUGCUAUGAAAUACCUACAAAAUCUUGCAGAACAGCAGGUUUAUCCGGAGCACAAGGUUGCUACAGACAACAAGACCAGGUACAGAAGUCUGAGGAAAUGUAAACGCUGGAUGAUUCCCAGAGCCUCCAUGGGAACUGAACUGCUACGUUUGGCAACCUUUCAUUUUUUGACUGGAAAUUACUUUAAACCUCUGGAAAUGUGCAAACAAGUGAUUAAACUAGCAUCAUAUUACUGCUAUCCCAAACCUGUACAUCCAGAACUUAAGGCAAUGUACUGUAACAGCCAUGAAUAUCAUCGAUUUGAACGGAUUGACAGGCUGAAGAAAAUGCAUAUAUACUUAUUGAUAUUUUCAAAGAAAGACUUGUAUCUUCCUCAUCUCUGUCAGGAAAUGUUAAGAACACAAAGAUGCGUGUUUAUCCCACCACUACCCUAUGCAUUGUUCCUGUCCUUCCUCUGCUGUCAUGAUCUUGGAGAUACUACAGGGCGUGAUGAAGCAUUAAGGCUCCUCAUAGUGGUCCAGACUGAUGAUGAACAAGGAGGACACAUAUACUGGACAGUCCACACCCUCCUGGGGAUCUGUUACCAGACACUCGGGGACAAUCACAGGGCCAUCAGGGCUUACUGGGAUUCAGCAAAAUCACAGGCUGAAUAUCAAGUGUGGAAUCCUGCCAUCGAGAGGAUAGCAGUGGUGUAUCUAUGUAUGUAUGUCUCAUAGAGGUCUGAUAGAGGAUAGCUGUGGUGUAUCUAUGUAUGUAUGUAUCACAGAGGUCUGAUAGAGGAUAGCUGUGGUGUAUCUAUGUAUGUAUGUCUCACAGAGGUCUGAUAGAGGAUAGCUGUGGUGUAUCUUUGUGUGUAUGUCUCACAGAGGUCUGAUAGAGUAUAGCUGUGGUGUAUCUAUGUAUGUAUGUCUCACAGAGAUCUGAUAGAGGAUAGCUGUGGUGUAUCUAUGUAUGUAUGUCUCACUGAGGUCUGACACAGGAUAGCUGUGGUGUAUCUAUGUAUGUAUGUCUCACAGAGGUCUGAUCGAGGACAGCUGUGGUGUAUCUAUGUAUGUAAGUCUCACAGAGAUCAGAUAAGGGACAGUUACCCUGACCUAAGAAACAUUUUGAACCCAUAUUGAACAAACUAUAUAUCAAAGAGUAUUGUCAUGUCAAAUUUCAAAAAAAGAUUAGUCUUUGAUUUCGAGAUAACAACCAUAUAACCCAUUUGGACUAUUUAUAGUAACAGUGACCUUGACCUUAACCUAAGAAAGUAUUUAAACCCCUAUUACACAUGUACAUAUCAAACUGCUUUACCGUGUCAAAUUUCAGAAAGAUUGGUCAUUUGAAUUCUGGAAACUAAAGUGAGGAUGAACAGACAGUUAGACACAGUGAUUUCUAUAGGGCAUCCGCAUCGUAUGCAGGCCAAGCCUUAAUAAUAUUUUCAUUCAAGUACUUAAUUAGACAUAUGAUACAGGUUUUCAGCUGCUAAGGAAUCUCUGCUUUAUAAUCUAUAUGUAUCAGAUUAUACUGCUGCAGAAUUUCAGUUGCCACAGAAUCCUUGCUGUAAAAUACAGUGGAAUUUUAGCACAGUUAGGAUGGGUAAUGGGAUAUCUGAUCACAGAAAUAGAUUUCUUUGCAGUCUACGAUUGAUACAUUUAAGAAUUAAAAUUGCGAAUGAGCUUGAGGUCAACAAAAUGGCAGUUGGUUUGAAUGUGUGAGAAGACAUAAAGGCCGGCCGGAGCACAGUAAAACUUGUUUGUGUCAAACGUGCUUAAAUUUGAAUACAGCAGAUGAUAUUCUCCCAUACUCCUUAUGUCUUUAAUUUUAAAUUACUCAAGAUCUGCAACUUUACCAUAUACAUGUAUUAUUCAAAUACAUUACUGUGAAAUUAUGCCGCAAUAACAUUUGCUCUGGAUCCUGUACAGUGUUCAGUUGAAGACCUUAAUGUAACACAAGGACUGUGUGGUCUUCAAUCUGAUAUUGUAUCAUUAUCACUUGUAUUCUAUGUGCUGUUUAUAACCAAUGUAUAUAUUACCUAUAUUGCAGAUUGUAUCUAAUAAGAACUUUGUUAUUGGAGUUACCCCCCUUUCCCGACCCAUUCCAUACUUUGUAAAAUAUCUAAUUGUAUCUCGGUACAUAAUUUGCGGUGAAACUUGUCUAGAAGAAAUAUUAUUAUUUUGUGAUCAUAUUGUUACAUAUAAUUAUCUACACAUUUUAUAUACCUGCAACUUUUCUUUAUACCAAAAGAUGCAGAUUUAAUCACGAUGGAUUAUAUUAUUACAAAAAUCAAAUGAACAUUGAUUAAAUCUACAUGUACAAGAAAUUAAACCGUCAGUCAACAUAAGUACAUAAUUGUAUUGUAUCCAUUGCUAUAUUAGUUAUGUAUAUGUAAUAUACACCAGUUGCACGAGGUCAAGAAAUGUACACUUGGGUUUUUAUUCUCUAUCUUCUUUAUGUUUGCAUUGUCUAAAAGGUUCUACGCCAAAUACGAUACCUACUUCUCAUGAUUAAUUAUUGACAGUUAGCAAAAUUGUAAUUAUCUAUAAUUAUAAUAUCAAUACAAUAUGUCCAUGUAUAUACCACCAAGGGUGAGGACUUAUAGGUUUUAAGCCUGUUGUCUAAUCCUUUUGACAUUGUAAUAUUCUUUAUGUAAAUAAAAUUUGUU